AUGACGUGUUGGUCGGGGCCUCGGACUGUCAAGUCUGAGCGCGGCCAGCUACGGGCCGAGGGGCCCGCGGGGCCGGCGCCGCCAUGGCAGCCGUGUUCGACCUGGACCUGGAGACGGAGGAGGGCAGCGAGGGCGAGGGCGAGCCAGAGCUCAGCCCUGCGGACGUGUGUCCCCUUGCCGAGUUGAGGUCGGCUGGCCUGGAGCCUGUGGGACACUAUGAGGAGGUGGAGCUGACCGAGACCAGUGUCAACCUCGGCCCCGAGCGCAUUGGGCCCCACUGCUUUGAACUGCUGCGUGUACUGGGCAAGGGGGGCUAUGGCAAGGUGUUCCAGGUGCGAAAGGUGCAAGGUACCAACUUGGGCAAAAUAUAUGCCAUGAAAGUCCUGAGGAAGGCCAAAAUUGUGUGCAACGCCAAGGACACAGCGCACACACGGGCGGAGCGGAACAUUCUAGAGUCUGUGAAGCACCCCUUCAUUGUGGAACUGGCCUAUGCCUUCCAGACUGGUGGCAAGCUCUACCUCAUCCUGGAGUGCCUCAGUGGCGGCGAGCUCUUCACGCAUCUGGAGCGAGAAGGCAUCUUCCUGGAGGACACAGCCUGCUUCUACCUGGCAGAGAUCACUCUGGCCCUUGGCCACCUGCACUCCCAAGGCAUCAUCUACCGGGACCUCAAACCUGAGAACAUCAUGCUCAACAGCCAGGGUCACAUCAAGCUGACGGACUUUGGGCUCUGCAAGGAGUCCAUUCACGAGGGUGCCGUCACCCACACCUUCUGCGGCACCAUCGAGUACAUGGCCCCUGAGAUUCUGGUGCGCAGUGGCCACAACCGGGCGGUGGACUGGUGGAGCCUGGGGGCCCUGAUGUACGACAUGCUCACUGGAUCGCCACCCUUUACCGCAGAGAACCGGAAGAAAACCAUGGACAAGAUCGUCAAGGGGAAGCUGGUGCUGCCCCCCUACCUCACCCCGGAUGCCCGGGACCUCGUCAAAAAGUUUCUGAAGCGGAAUCCCAGCCAACGGAUUGGGGGUGGCCCAGGGGACGGCGCUGAUGUGCAGAGGCACCCCUUCUUCCGGCACAUCAACUGGGACGAUCUCCUAGCCCGCCGCGUGGAUCCCCCCUUCAGGCCCUGUCUGCAGUCGGAGGAGGACGUGAGCCAGUUUGACACCCGCUUCACGCGGCAGACGCCAGUGGACAGUCCCGACGACUCGGCCCUUAGUGAGAGUGCCAACCAGGCUUUCCUGGGCUUCACGUACGUGGCACCCUCCGUCCUGGACAGCAUUAAGGAGGGCUUCUCCUUCCAGCCCAAGCUGCGCUCCCCCAGGCGCCUCAACAGCAGCCCCCGGACCCCUAUCAGCCCCCUGAAGUUCUCCCCUUUUGAGGGGUUCCGGCCCAGCCCUGGCCCAUCGGAGCCCAUGGAGCCCAUUCUACCUCCACUCCUGCCACCACCGCCACCCUCGAGCACUGCCCCUCUCCCUAUCCGUCCCCCCUCAGGGACCAAGAAGUCCAAGAGGGGCCGUGGGCGCCCUGGGCGCUAGGAGGGUGGGUGGGGAGGCCCCUCCCUGCAGGCAGCUGGACCCUGGGCCUGUUCCCGAGACCUGGGACAUGUCCGGCGGAGGGGAGUGAGUGAGGGUGAAAGUGUGUGUCUUUGUCAGGGUGGCUGUGGCUGUGGCCCCUGAAUCAUGAGUGUGGAGGGCCACAGGCCACAGCUGCAGGGAGGGGCCGCUGCCCGUCUAGGCGAAGCUGUGCCCCUGGGGAAUUAAAGUUUGAAUCAUGGCACUGACC